CAGCCUGGGCAACAUAGCAAGACCCCAUCUCUACAAAAAAUAAGCAAAAACUAGCUACGUGUGGUGGCGCACACCUGUGGUCCCAGCUACUCAUGAGGCUGAGGCAGGAAGACUGCUUGAGCCCCCAGUUUGAGACGACUUGGCAACAUGAAAUGCGUCAAAAAAAAAAAAAAAAAAAAAUCCGAGCAAAGCACACACCAGGGCAGCUUCAGACACAGCCCUCUCUAGAGGCUUCAGAAGUGUAAACUGCCUGCUGCAAGGGAAUUUAACUCAUAGGUUUAAAAAAAAAAAAAAAAAAAGGCAAGGCGCCCACAGUGGCUCAAACCUGGAAUCCUAGCACUUUGAGCGGCUGAAGCAGGAGGCCUGCCUGACCCCAACAGUUUGAAAUCAGCCUGGGCAACAUAGCAAGACCCUGUCUCUACGAAACAAAACAAAACAAAACAACCAGCCAGGAGUGGUGGUGCACCUGUAGUCCCAGCUACUGUGGAGAAUGAGGUGGGAUGAUCACCUGAGCCCAGGAGGUGGAGGCUGCAGUGAGCUAUGACUGCACCAUGCACUCCAGCCUGGGCAACAGAGCAAGACUGUCUCAAAAAAUAGUAAUGACAAAUAAAUAAGACAAAGAAAGCACCAAGGGAUUGCAGACACCAAGGCCCCAGAAACUCGGCAGUGAGUUUGGAAUUGCUCUCCAAAAGCCGAGGUGUGGUGCACGGUGGCUCCCGCCUAUAAUCCCAGUACUUUGGGAGGACGAAGCGGGAGCAUCGCUUGGGCCCAGGAGUUCAAGACCAGCCUGAGCCACAUAGCAAGGCCCUGUCUCUUAAAAAAAAAAAAAAAAAAAUUAAAUUAAAAAAAAGCCAAGCAAGGCAAACAGAAAGGCAGCUUCAGACACACCCCUCUCAGGAGGCUUCGGAAGUAUAAACUGCCUGCUGCAAGGGAACUUACAGGUUCUUAAAAAUGAAAUAAAAUUAAACCAAUAAAUAAGAAAAAAAAAAAUACAGAAAGACCCCAGGCUUACGUUUCUAGAGGACUAGCACCUGAUUCCACCUGGAAUGGAACGGGAGGCUCUUAAGGAUUUGGGGGUGGAAGCGCCAUGAGAGUAGAGCUGGAAAAGCAAAAGGAGUAAAGGCAGGCGCGCAUUUCCCAUUUUUCCAGAAGGUAAAAAUAUCUACGACUGCCCCUGGGGUAACCGGCUUCGGGAAUGAGGAGCCUUCCAAGCGCUUCUCUGGAGGCCUGGGGAGGGGAUUCUCGGGCUCUGUGGCAGAGGCCAUUAGGGGCACGGCCCAGGAAGGAUCCUAGUAUCAGGGCCGGGAGGGUCGCGAGACGAUGUGUUCUUGUGUCAAGGAGAAACCUCACUGUCAGAGCCUGGAAGAGUGACUUCUGGCGAAGCAGGGUUCAGGGAAGGCCCCUCACCUCAGGUCCCUCAGGUGUCUCUCGCUACCCCACCUUCCGCACAGGCGCCCGCCGCUGCCCUUCCGGUGGCGAAAGAGUUCAGAAAAGCGCGGGAAGGCACAAAACACGCUGUGCGCAAGCGCAAUCCCAACGGCUCGCCCAGGGCCAGUAGCUAUCGCGAGGCUUGGGAGUGUGCGAGCUGGUGCGCGCCACGUUUGAGUUACGCCGCUCCACAGCCUCGUGUGGCCUCAAGCUCUCAGGCGUGCUGCCCUGUCACGUGGGCUUGGGCACGCGUGCGGUCCGCUUUAGCCCCGCCCCCACCCAGGCCCCACCCCCGCAACCCUCAAUCUCCCCCUCCAUUGGACGGGUUUCGGACCAGACUUGUAGUAACCCCUUUAAUCUGGCUUCUCAAUUGCCAUAGGCUGGAUUCCACCCAGGCCCCGCCUUUUGAACAGGAUCGCCACGCCCCCGAGGGAGACCACGCCCCCAUUUUACCAACCUCCUCAGUGCCGGCCGGUUCCCGCCCCCCUGCCGAGCUUCUGCGCUACAUUGGCUUAAUUUCUUCCUUGCCCCCGCCCCUGAAGCCGGCUCCGAGCCAUUAUUGGCGGGGCCCCGCCUCGGACCCCGCCCCCUGUCCGGCUCCCCGCUCCCAUUGUCUCGGCAGAUGCCGCCUGGUCCAGCUAUCGCGCUCGGUAUUCAGUUUUCGGGGAUAGCGCUCUUUCUCUGACCCGCGGAGCGGUCCCGCGGCCGAGUACCGGAUUCCCGAGUUUGGGAGGCUCUUCUUUCCUCCUUAGGACCCACUUUGCCGUCCCGGGGUGGCUGCAGCUAUGUUCGUGCUGCGACCUCUCCUGCUUCUGCUGCUGCCUCUGUGUCCCGGUCCUGGUCCCGGACCCGGGAGCGAGGCAAAGGUCACCCGGAGUUGUGCAGAGACCCGGCAGGUGCUGGGGGCCCGGGGAUAUAGCUUAAACCUAAUCCCUCCCGCCCUGAUCUCAGGUGAGCACCUCCGGGUCUGUCCCCAGGAGUACACCUGCUGUUCCAGUGAGACAGAGCAGAGGCUGAUCAGGGAGACUGAGGCCACCUUCCGAAGCCUGGUGGAGGACAGCGGCUCCUUUCUGGUUCACACACUGGCUGCCAGGCACAGAAAAUUUGAUGAGUUUUUUCUGGAGAUGCUCUCGGUAGCCCAGCACUCUCUGACCCAGCUCUUCUCCCACUCCUACGGCCGCCUGUAUGCUCAGCACGCUCUCAUAUUCAAUGGCCUGUUCUCUCGGCUGCGAGACUUCUAUGGGGAAUCUGGUGAGGGGUUGGAUGACACCCUGGCGGAUUUCUGGGCACAGCUCCUGGAGAGAGUGUUCCCGCUGCUGCACCCACAGUACAGCUUCCCCCCUGACUACCUGCUCUGCCUCUCACGCUUGGCCUCAUCUACCGAUGGCUCUCUGCAGCCCUUCGGGGACUCACCCCGCCGCCUCCGCCUGCAGAUAACCCGGACCCUGGUGGCUGCCCGAGCCUUUGUGCAGGGCCUGGAGACUGGAAGAAAUGUGGUCAGCGAAGCGCUUAAGGUGCCGGUGUCUGAAGGCUGCAGCCAGGCUCUGAUGCGUCUCAUUGGCUGUCCCCUUUGCCGAGGAGUCCCCUCACUUAUGCCCUGCCAGGGCUUCUGCCUCAACGUGGUUCGUGGCUGUCUCAGCAGCAGGGGACUGGAGCCUGACUGGGGCAACUAUUUGGAUGGUCUCCUGAUCCUGGCUGAUAAGCUUCAGGGCCCCUUUUCCUUUGAGCUUGCGGCUGAGUCCAUUGGGGUGAAGAUCUCGGAGGGUUUGAUGUACCUGCAGGAAAACAGUGCGAAGGUGUCCGCCCAGGUGUUUCAGGAGUGCGGCCCCCCGCACCCGGUGCCGGCCCGCAACCGUCGAGCCCCGCCCCCCCGAGAAGAGGCGGGCCGGCUGUGGUCGAUGGUGACCGAGGAGGAGCGGCCCACGACGGCCGCGGGCACCAACCUGCACCGGCUGGUGUGGGAGCUCCGCGAGCGUCUGGCCCGGAUGCGGGGCUUCUGGGCCCGGCAGUCCAGGACUGUGUGCGGAGACUCUCGCAUGGCAGCAGACGCCUCGCUGGAGGCGGCGCCCUGCUGGACCGGAGCCGGGCGGGGCAGGUACUUGCUGCCAGUGGUUGGGGGCUCCCUGGCCGAGCAGGUCAACAACCCCGAGCUCAAGGUGGACACCUCGGGCCCCGAUGUCCCGACACGGCGGCGUCGGCUACAGCUCCGGGCGGCCACGGCCAGGAUGAAGGCAGCCGCACUGGGACACGACCUGGACGGGCAGGACGCGGAUGAGGAUGCCAGUGGCUCUGGAGGGGGACAGCAGUAUGCAGAUGACUGGAUGGCUGGAGCUGUGGCUCCCCCAGCCCGGCCUCCUCGGCCUCCAUACCCUCCUAGAAGGGAUGGUUCUGGGGGCAAAGGAGGAGGUGGCAGUGCUCGCUACAACCAGGGCCGGAGCAGGAGUGGGGGGGCAUCUAUUGGUUUUCACACCCAAACCAUCCUCGUUCUCUCCGUCUCAUCCCUGGCCCUGCUUGGACCUCGAUAACAGGGGAGGGGUGCCCUAGCAUCAGAAGGGUUCAUGGCCCUUUCCCCUCCUCCCCCCUCAGCUGGGCCUGGGGAGGAGUCGAAGGGGGCUGCAGAGAAGGUAGAGAAGGGACUUUGCAGGUGAAUGGCUGGGGCCCCAAAUCCAGGAGAUUUUCAUCAGAGGUGGGUGGGUGUUCACAAUAUUUAUUUUUUCAUUUGGUAAUGGGAGGGGGGCCUGGGGUAUUUAUUUAGGAGGCAGUGUGGUUUCCUUAGAGGGUAUAAUCUCCAGCCCUCUAAGGCUGGGGCUGGUGAUCAGCUCCAACAGAGAAAGUGAGGAGUUUAGAGUUGCAGCUGGGGAAGAGGUUUGAAGGAAGUUGGAAGUCGGGAGGGGUGGGGGCAUCUGGUCUCAGAAAUGGACAAAGCUGGAUGCUGACAGGGUGUGGGGCAGGGGACUGGGGGUGCUUGAGUAGGAUGUGAGGCUUCAUGGGCCUGGGUUCUGUUGAGUUUUUUCAGUAUCAAUUUCUUAAACCAAAAUUUAAAAAAGACAAUGUGGGGGGGGGGGUGCUCAUCUCGUCACCUCUGCCACCCACAUCCUUCACAAACUCCAUUUUCAGUGUUUGAGUCUGUGUUUAUUCUGUAAAUAAAUGGUAAUGUAUUGGA